AUGGUGAUCGCGAAGAUUCAGAAAUUGGGAACGACUCUUUGGGAACACAAAAAGAAAUCUCUUCUUGGAGUUACGCUGCUUGCUUGGGCCGGACAGUGGGUGCGAAGAAAACAAAGAAAUAACGAGAUUCGGACUCAAUACGCAAAAGAAGCCCUCAAGUUUGGUGAACAGCUUAUAUCGGCCGAAGAUAAAUGUCGACGUGUAUUCGUUCUUGCAAAUGUGGGUGCUAACGAAAGGAGUUGUUACGACGAUUUCACUUCCAACGCUCUGCCUUUACUACACUUGGCUGGAAUUCAGGUGAAUAUUGUCAAAGCCGACAACGAAGCCCAACUUGAAGCUCUUGCUGGAGCAGUCGAUCAUGAAGAAGCCGAUGCUGUUUACAUAGUUGGGGGUGAUGCAACUGUUGGAAUUGUUCUGACGGGAAUGUUGAAGAAGCGGGAUCAAAUAAUUUUGCCCAUAGGUAUUUUCCCCGGUGGUUAUGAUAACUUGACACUCAAACGACUUGUUCCUGAAGUAUUCACCAAUGAGAAGGACAUCCAGAGACAAUGUGAAAGCGCCAUGGCUAUUAUUGAAGAUCUAAGACGCUCUGUUAGACCAUUUAAGGUUGAAAUCGAUGGAAAUAGCGAAAAGCCACUAUUUUCCAUUGGAGAUGUUGGCGUGGGAUGGUUUCGGCAUAUAGAAGAGAGACGACGGAAAUUAUGGUAUUUUGGAUCAGCGAAAAGACGAUGGGCUUAUAUCUGGGAAAUGCUAAAGCGAUCGCCUGAUGAUAUGGAAAUAUCGUUUGAAUGGGAAGAAUAUUGCCCUGGAUGCAACAAGUGCCGAGCACCACCUGCACCGGUUAUUGUUCAGUGGCGGUGGUGGCACAUGUUCACCGGAACGCCGAGAUAUGCUCAAAAAGAAAAAGAAAGAGACUUUUCAAACGUUGAAAAUGAAAAAUGCGGAACUAUUGGAGCUGGAACUGUGAAAGGCACCGAGUUAUUGAUCUCCGCUGAGCAACAAUACAAUGAUGAACGCACAGGAUUGAGGUUACAAGCUGGCCGAGCCUCGCUUGGACGCUUGGGAGUGAUACGUGAAGGAUGGUCUCGUUGUGCUGCCGAUGUGGUUCAUCGAUCUGUCGAAGAGGGCUUUUACACGGCUGACGUUUUUGCUCGCGCAUUUGUGCUACAAUUCACCAAAUUACCCGAGUUCGUUCGCCGAGUUUAUGUCUCUUCGGAUGAAAUCAAAAAUCCGAUUGAAGAAGGACGAACUCUCGUUCACAUGAAAGCGCUCGACUCAAAAAUAGAACUUUUUCUCCCGACCAGAUUACGUGCAGAACCCAAUCCG